GCUUCCUGAAGCCUGUGCGGUGCGGUGCGCUGCGCUGCGCUGUUUGUGUCACUACAAGGGCCGCUCUCGGAGGCGCUCGUUUCCUCCCUUAUUGCUCCUCUGGCGCCUCGAGGGGCCGGGGAGAUGCCGACUCAGCGGGACAGUAGCGGCGGCAGCACCAGCACCACCACCAUCAUGUCCCACCCGACGCUGGGCGGGAGUAGCCUCGGCGGGGAUAGCGCCCACCAGGUCCGGGUGAAAGCCUACUACAAAGGGGACAUCAUGAUAACCUAUUUUGAACCUUCCAUCUCGUUUGAAGGACUGUGUAAUAAGGUUCGAGACUUGUGCUUCUUUGACAAUGAACAACUCUUCACUAUGAAAUGGAUUGAUGAAGAAGGAGACCCAUGCACCGUUUCUUCUCAGCUGGAGUUAGAGGAAGCCUUUCGGUUGUAUGAACUAAACAAGGAUUCAGAGCUUCUAAUUCAUGUGUUCCCUUGUGUACCAGAAAGGCCUGGCAUGCCUUGUCCAGGGGAAGAUAAAUCCAUUUAUCGUCGUGGUGCCCGGCGGUGGCGGAAGCUCUAUUGUGCAAAUGGUCAUACUUUCCAAGCUAAGCGAUUUAACAGGCGAGCUCAUUGUGCCAUCUGCACUGACCGAAUUUGGGGCCUGGGGCGUCAGGGAUAUAAAUGUAUCAACUGUAAACUCCUUGUUCACAAGAAGUGCCACAAACUUGUCAACAUUGAAUGUGGCCGCCACGCACUACAACCAGAGCCUGUAAUACCUAUGGAUCAGUCAUCAGUGCACCCAGAUAACAUAGAACCAGUGAUUCCAUAUAAUCCUUCUAGUCAUGAGAGCUUGGACCAUGUUGGUGAAGAAAAAGAGGCGAUGAGUAUUAGAGAAAGUGGCAAACCUUCCUCCAGUCUGGGCCUUCAAGAUUUUGAUCUGCUCCGAGUUAUAGGAAGAGGUAGUUAUGCUAAAGUACUACUGGUUCGAUUAAAGAAAACGGAACGCAUUUAUGCAAUGAAGGUUGUGAAAAAAGAACUAGUCAAUGAUGAUGAGGAUAUUGAUUGGGUACAGACAGAAAAACACGUCUUUGAACAGGCUUCAAAUCAUCCUUUCCUUGUUGGACUACACUCUUGCUUCCAGACAGAAAGCAGAUUAUUUUUUGUAAUAGAGUACGUAAAUGGAGGCGAUUUAAUGUUUCAUAUGCAGCGGCAGAGGAAACUGCCCGAGGAGCAUGCCAGGUUUUAUUCUGCAGAAAUCAGUCUAGCAUUGAACUAUCUUCAUGAGCGAGGGAUAAUCUACAGAGACUUGAAACUGGACAAUGUGUUACUGGAUUCUGAGGGGCACAUUAAACUCACAGACUAUGGCAUGUGCAAGGAAGGAUUAAGGCCCGGAGACACAACCAGUACUUUCUGUGGAACUCCCAACUAUAUUGCUCCUGAGAUUUUGCGAGGAGAAGAUUAUGGCUUCAGUGUUGACUGGUGGGCAUUAGGUGUACUUAUGUUUGAAAUGAUGGCUGGCAGAUCCCCAUUUGAUAUUGUUGGAAGCUCCGAUAACCCCGAUCAAAACACAGAAGAUUAUCUCUUUCAAGUCAUUUUGGAAAAACAAAUCCGUAUUCCACGAUCCCUUUCUGUUAAAGCAGCAAGUGUUCUAAAAAGUUUUCUUAACAAGGAUCCAAAGGAACGUUUAGGCUGCCAUCCUCAAACAGGAUUUGCAGAUAUUCAGGGACAUCCAUUCUUCCGCAAUGUUGAUUGGGAUCUGAUGGAACAAAAACAGGUGGUUCCUCCAUUUAAACCAAAUAUAUCAGGUGAAUUUGGUCUGGAUAACUUUGAUUCCCAGUUCACUAAUGAACCUGUCCAGCUCACUCCAGAUGAUGAUGAUAUUGUGAAGAAGAUUGACCAAUCUGAAUUUGAAGGCUUUGAAUAUAUUAAUCCUCUUUUGAUGUCAGCUGAGGAAUGUGUCUGAUCUUUCGUUUCUGGACUGUGCCAUAUAUUGUAUCUAUCACUUGUUUUCUGCAUGGAUAAACAACUUGCCAUUUGGUUGCACUUGUAUCAAAUGAAAAACAUUUUACACUUGC